AUGGGCGCUUGCAGCUCCUGUCUCGGCGGACAGCGCCAGGAAUUCGAAGAGGACGACGAGUCCCGUCUCCUCUUUGACGACCCCAAUGGCCUCCACUACGGCAGCUUCCAGCAGCAGAUGACGGGCCAGGACGACCAGCUCGAGGCCCAGCGCGAGAUUGAGGCCCUGCAGCGCGUGGUGGCGCGGACGUCCGACAACAUGGUCGACAUCUUCGAGAUCGCGCCCCAGGACGAGGCCCCCGCCUACGCCUUCCCCGGCCAGGACGCGCGGCUGGCCCGGUACCAGAACCUGCUCUCCAAGCUGUCGGACGAUGCCAGCGUGUGCAGCACGGCCAGCACAAAGGUCGACUGGGUGCCGUGGGACGACCACGUGGAGCUGCAGCCGGCGCCCAAGGAGGCCGGGCCGCUGGUUGGGACGUUUGCGGAUGCCGUGGAGCGGUGA